GACCACCCAAGGAAUUUAUUUCACAAAUUCAAUUUAAUUUGUGUUACACUGAACUGUAAGAUGUUGCGGUACUCUAUAAUCUUAGCCAUUUUUGGGCUAGUUUGUGGUUUACCCACGGAUUUUGUGGAUGGUGAUAAUCAAGUGUCUGGAGAUGGUUUAACUCGCUUUCCAUCAGUGACUGAAAUGAUCGAGUCAUAUGGAUAUCCAGUGGAGUCUCAUGUGGCCCAGACUGCUGAUGGAUACCUGUUGACUAUGCAUCGUAUUCCCCACGGCUUGGCUCCUGGGGCUGGACCCGCCCCAAAUAAACCUGUAGUAUUCCUUCAACAUGGAUUACUCUCAUCUUCUGCUGAUUGGGUUGUAAUUGGACCUGAAAAUGCCUUAGCUUACCUACUCGCAGAUCGAGGAUACGACGUAUGGAUGGGAAAUGCCAGAGGAAAUACUCAUUCGAGGGCUCAUGUUAGUAUCAAUCCGGAUCGUCGGGCUUUCUGGGACUUCAGUUGGCACGAAAAGGGAAUUUUUGAUCUUCCAGCUAUGAUUGAUUACAUUCUGAGAGAUACUGGACGAACUAAGCUUCAUUACGUCGGACAUUCUCAAGGAACAACUGCCCUAUUCAUCAUGCUUUCUCUUCGUCCUGAAUACAACAAUGUUAUCCUCUCGGCUCAUGCACUGGCUCCUGUUGCUUUUAUGUCCAAUCUCCGUAGUCCAUUCAUUCGUGCCUUUGCACCUUUUGUUGAUACUCUGGACACAAUUACAAGUCUUUUGGGCAUGAAUGAAUUCAUGCCGAGCAGUACUAUGAUGCAAAUGGGAGGAUACACCCUUUGCAGGGAUGAGUCGCUUUUCCAGGAAGUCUGUUCUAAUUCACUCUUCCUCAUAGCCGGAUUCAACUCAGAACAACUGAACAGGACCCAAUUACCAGUCAUUAUGGCCAAUGCACCUGCUGGGGCUGCUACCAGUCAAUUGGUUCACUAUGGACAACUCUACAAUUCUGGACAUUUCCGUCAGUUUGAUCACGGCCGACUUGGCAACAUGGCUGAAUAUGGAUCAUUCUCACCUCCAGACUAUCCCUUGGACAGAAUCACUGCGCCUAUCGCUCUGCAUUUCAGUGAUAAUGACUGGUUGGCCGCUGUUGUGGAUGUUCAAGAGCUACGUUCUAAACUUGUUAACGCUGAAAUUAUCGGAGCAUUUCGAGUACCUUUGGCAGCAUUCAAUCAUCUUGACUUUUUGUGGGCUAUUGAUGUAAGGCCAUUAUUGUACAAUCGCGUUAUCAGUCUUAUUGAACGUUACGAUGAAUAAAUUCUCUUUUGAUUUGAGCUGCAAUGUAAA